AUGAUUCAAGAAGUAGUGCAAAAAGAAUUAGGAAAUGUUAAACAAGAACUGGAAAACCUGAGGAAGGUGAUACAGGGAGUAGCAUGUGGAGCAAAGAAAGGAUCGCUAAGAAGCUAUAGUGAAGCGGUUAAAGAGAAGAAAAAAGAAAAUGUCAUAAUUGUUAAGCCGAAAAUGCAACAAGAGAGUGAAACCACUAAAAAGUUAAUAAAAAAGAAGGUGGACAUUAAGAAUAUGGCUAUGGGAAUAACGAAACUAAGAAAAGGAAGCAAGGGAACAGUGAUUGUGGGUUGUGAAGCUGGAGAGGAGGUGAAAAAACUGAAAGAGACAGUCCAAGCUAAGCUGGGAAAAAAUUACAAAGUGAUGGAGUCGCCUCAAUCGAAACCAAAGAUAAAAAUUAUUAACAUAGGUUUAGAAGAGAUGAACUUAGAUGAUAGUAAACUUAUAAGUACGAUAAAGAUACAGAAUAAAAUAGAUACAGUAAAUAUGCGAAUUGUGAAGAGAAUAGUCAAAGAAAAGAGAAAUAGGCAAUCUGAAAGAAAAGGAAAUGAAGAAGGAUCAAUAAUAAUGGAAGCAGAUGAAGAGACGCACGGGCUGAUAUUGAAGAAAACAAAAUUAAAUGUAGGAUGGAAGAAAUGUCCUGUAUUUGAUCAUAUCAGCGUUAAAAGAUGCUUUAAAUGCUGGGGAUAUUAUCAUAUCGCAAAAAACUGUACGCGAGAGGAAACAUGCCAUAUAUGCGCAGGAAGUCAUAACUCGCGUGAUUGUACAGCGACAAAGAAGAAAUGUGUGAAUUGUGUGUUCAAAAAUCGAACAUACAAUCUGAAGAUAAAUGACGACCAUGACGCUCUUAGUCCGGAGUGUCCGACUUUUAAGAGGGCGCUACAGGAGGAGAAGAGGAGAACAGGCUGGGAGGACGCUAAAUAG